AAUAUCUCAAAAUUUCUUCGUCUGGUCUUUGGCAUCUUCGUCCUCGCUCUGCCGACUUCGUUCCGCCUUUGCUUCGACUUGAGGAAACCCUAAUUUUCUCGGGAAAAUGUCAGGAAAAGGUGCGAAGGGUUUGAUAAUGGGGAAAUCCUCAACCCUAAAUGGUAACAAGGACAAGGACAAGAAGAAACCCAUCUCUCGCUCUUCUCGUGCUGGUCUUCAGUUCCCAGUUGGUCGGGUCCACCGUCUACUGAAGACAAGGGUUUCUGCAAAUGGAAGGGUUGGAGCAACAGCUGCUGUUUAUACAGCAGCCAUAUUGGAGUACCUGACAGCAGAAGUAUUGGAACUGGCUGGGAAUGCUAGCAAGGAUCUGAAGGUAAAACGUAUAACACCCAGGCAUUUGCAGCUUGCUAUUCGGGGAGAUGAGGAACUUGAUACCCUCAUCAAAGGAACCAUAGCUGGUGGAGGAGUGAUCCCACACAUCCACAAGUCGCUCAUCAAUAAAUCCUCCAAGGAGUAGGUCUAGUUUGUAACAAGUUCCUUUCAAGCUUCUCAUUUCUGUACUCUGAAACCCUUGAAGAUUGUGUGAGAAACAAUGACCAAAGUCCCAUCUAAGGCUGCUUUCUCCCUCUUCUGCUGUUUACGGUUAUCUUACCUUCUUUUAAUGUUAUUGCACAGCAAAUUUGACUAGUGUGAUGUAGGUAAGCAAAACAUCUGCUCAUCAAUAUUAAUACAUUAUUGAAUUAUGCGGAAA